AUGAAAGUGUCCAACGCUAAUUUGCGCAAGACUAAUCAGGUUCCGCUUCUAUCAGUUGCUUUCUUCUCUUUAUUGCGCUUUGAUAAAUUCGCAAGUGUCUGUUUGUUUUUUGUGGUUUUGAUUUACCAAGGCUGGUUUAUGCAGUCCUCAGUGCCCAGAUCUACUGAGGAAAAAGGCGGCAUUCUUUGCGAUGAUGAUUUCUGUAGAAUCGAGGAAUUGAUUAAAGCGAACACCUUUUCUAGGGAGGAAAUCUGUCAUUUGGUGGAAAUAUUGGAAUCGAGGGUUGACAAUCAGUUGGAGAAACCAAAAUUAAGCAUCGAUGCUGGAGUAGAUACCAAAUUCAUCACCCAUGGACUUCGAACAACACCUUCCACUGAAAAGCAACCAGAUAUUGACAGAAAUGCAAUUGGAACUUCUCGUGAAAAGGUCCCUGUUGGAGUUAGUGCUUCACCCAUUGAUAUUGCUCGUGCAUAUAUGGCUAGUCGUAGUUCUGGAGGAAGUCGUGAUUUUAAUAUUAUGAACUCUAAUUGUGAGAUGGCUGAGUUGGGCAAUGAAUUUGCAAGAAAGCCAUUUCUGCCGCCACCUUCACCUAAGCCGGCGAUAUGUUGGCCUGGUGCAACGGUGCACGAACAUCAUGGGUAUACAACACCUCAUAGUCAGAUGGGCAGACAUAGGCUUCAUAAUUAUCCGAGAACCCCUUAUUCAAGAAUCAUAUUGCCCAAGUCCAAUAAGAAGUUACAAUUUGAGAGCGCAGAUGCAAACAUGUCAACACCAUUUAAACGGUCUCAGUCAUCCAUCCAUCGGCAGGCAAACUCAAGUAGGGAAACCUUUGAUCGCUAUGGAUCUGUGGGCCCUAUUCGUCAUAUCAAGAAUAGGUUUUCUUCAGAAGUCCGUCCAAGAGGAUCUAUAUUCAAUCCACCAAAGGACAAUCCUACACAAGUGGUGAAACCGGCUUUUGGGGGCUUCAUAAGGAAUACAGAGAAGACUCAGGGGAUUGGGGAAACAAGUGUUGCCUCAAAAUACUGUUCAGGAAACAAUACAUCGGUUUCAUCUGAUAGGGAUAUCUCAAAUCAAAAUUCAGCCUACAGUGAUUCAGUUAGGAAAAUACUUGAACACCUUGACAGAAACAAGCCUACGCCUAAAGAGAAAGAAGCUGAGUUGAGGUUGGCGACUGCAUGGAGGAAAUCUCCUCCUGAGGCCACUGACAUCAGUCAUGAUGAAAAAAUAAGAUCAGCACAUGCAGAAGAACUUGCUGCUCACAACAAGAGUGCUGAUGGAUCUUGCGCAGAUGUUUCUGUAGGAUUCAAUAAAAACAGCAGUAAAUCCAGUUUCAAUGAAAACAGCAGGAAAUCCAGUUUAUUUGUGAAUUCUGUGGAUAAAGGUUUGGGUGAGGUCGAAGGUGCAGUCACUGAAACCGUCAAAUCUCCUGGUUCUGGUUUUACUUGUAAUGCUUUUGCCACCAAUAAUCAUGGACAGACUGAAAAAAGUUUACUUUUCCCUCAUCCUCAUCUGAGCAACGGGCAAGAGGCGAAAAUAGCAGCUGGCACAACUGACUCACAUAUGUUGAAGAAUGAUGGAAAAAGGCCUUCACUGCCAUCAAUAUCUAUAGGCAAACCUGUUUUUUCUGCAACUUCUUCCGAAAAUGUCCCUGGUUUCACUUUUCCCGUUUCGACUUGUUCGGGUGUACUUUCAGAACCGCCAACUCCUUCUGUCAUGCCAAGUGCUGUGUCCCACUCCAUUGAUUUGCAUACUAUUCCUUCCUAUACAUUUGGUGUUAAGAAGUCAACUCCACCUCUCGUUUUCUCAUUUCCAUCUACAAGCAGCAGUACCUCAUCACUGGGUGAGGAUUAUGAUCUCAAGUUCAGUUUUGGAUCGGAGCACAAGACUCGGUUAUCUUUUAGUUCUGUUGGAAAAGAUGCCAUCUGCUAUUAAUAGCAAGUAGCUGAUUUAAAAGUUGGAUAUGUAUUUCAUACUUAUUUGUUCUUCGGCUGGAUUGGGAUUAUAUUGGAUAAGUUGUCAUUGAAGAGGAUUCAUUGCUACAAGAUUUUUAUUUUAUUUUCUUAUACUUUUUGAGGAGGUGCUAAAUAUGGUUUCAAUAGGAAACAAUGUGUUUACACCUUGUGUUCACACUUUAUUCCUACUUGAAUAAUAGAAAAUUUCACUAGACUAAUAUUUAA